UUCUUCAUUCUGUUUGCAACAUCGAAAGUUGCCUCUCCGUUUUCUCGCAUAAAACCAAACCCUAACUUGAACCAAACACCUAUGGCUCAUAACGGCCGCUCCGACCCUGAAUCGGAACCAAACACCCGCCUCUACAAUCCAUACCAAGACCUGAACCUCCAGGUUCCCAUAAACAACCUUUACAAGCUCCCAACCUCCCCGGAGUUCCUCUUCGCCGAGGAAUCCCUCCACCAGCGCCGUUCCUGGGGCGAAAAUCUGACCUUUUAUACCGGAUCAGCUUAUUUAGGCGGCUCUGUAUCCGGCGCAGCCGUCGGGCUUUUCUCGGCUCUCAGGAAUUUCGAGCAAGGCGAUACUUUGAAACUCAAGAUCAAUCGGAUCUUGAAUAGUUCGGGUCAUGCGGGUCGAUCAUGGGGGAAUAGAAUCGGUAUUGUGGGCUUGAUUUAUGCGGGGAUGGAAAGUGGGGUCGUGGCGGUGACUGACCGUGAUGAUGUCUGGAGUAGCGUGGCGGCGGGUCUUGCAACUGGAGCUGUUUGUCGGGCUGCAAGAGGGGUGAGGUCUGCUGCGGUUGCCGGUGCGCUUGGCGGGUUGGCAGCUGGAGCCGCGGUUGCCGGGAAGCAAGUCUUGAAGAGAUAUGUCCCAAUUUAAAAAACGAAAAAGAAAAGCUGAAAUCUUCUCUUCUGUGACUUUAUAUUUCGUUAAAUCAAAAAUUUUGAUGGUGGUAGGAUAAAUAUUGG